CGAAGGCGCUGUUCCAUCGAGAUGGCCAACCUGAAAGCGAGCGAAGACGCAUUCCUGAGCUCAGUGGCAAAGCAGCGCAUCACGACAUACGACGGGAAGUUAUGGGAGCUAUAUGACGUCGGUGACCGCACACUCACGCCGCUGGUGUGCCUUCCUGGCACAAUUGGUGGUCCUUUGAUCUUCCAUCGAGUGAUCUCGGCCCUGCAACUAGCUGGGGGAUACCGCGUGAUUGCGAUUCAACAUCCCGUUGUGUGGAACCAUCAAGAAUGGGUGCACAGCUUUGACCGCCUUCUGGAUGCGCUGCACUUGCAUUCGGUUCACAUUUAUGGCGUUUGUCUCGGCGCAUUCCUUGCCCAGAAGUACUGCGCUGUGUACCCUCGUCGAGUGCUCUCGCUCGCGCUCACAAACGGCUUUUGCAACACCAAAGUAUUUGGUGCGAACUCGCCUUGCAUUAAAAUGCUCCCGAUGCUGCCAACGUUUUGUCUCAAAAAAUAUGUUGUGGGGAACUUUUCCCAUGAUGGCACGUCUGACGUCGUUCGCGCCACGAUGGCGUACAUGUCAUCCGAGCUGGAUAGCUUGACGCAACUACAGCUAGCCUCCCGGUUAACUCUUGUCAGUUUGUCGAGUGACCAUCUGAACUGGGGCAUCAGCAUCCCACACACUCGGGUGACGCUCAUCGACUCCUACGGCGGCAACAACGAGUUCACGACUGAGCUGCGGGAACAAAUGUACGAGCGCUACCCAGAAGCGAAGAAGGCACUGAUGAAGACCGCGGGGGACUUUCCAUACUUGUCGCACGACGACGAAGUCAUUCUGCAGCUUCGAGUGUGUAUAGCUGUGCUGGCCAUGAUGUCGUGUUCAUGGAUGGGUUGUAGGUGCAUUUGCGGUCGAAUGGUUACAAAGCAUGAAGGUUUCGAAACCCCGAAACCCCGAGAAGCCUCUGAAACGGAAUAACCUUGCUUAAAUGAUAUUCAUUCCUUGGAAAUGGAUAUUCCCC